GUUUGCUUUUCAUUUACUGGAAGAUACAGACAGUAUGGUGCGUGCAGCUGAGGAACCAUGGUUAUGAGAAUGUGAUUAUCGCUGUACAACCACAAGUGCCAGAAAAUCCACAAAUCCUCACCGCCAUUAAGCCCGGCGGAUCCAGAUCACGUGACCAUCUUGUGGUCACGUGUAUACAUUCGGUCACACAACAGACGCGCUUGGAUACACGAGGGACGCUGUGAGCCAGAGAACCGAGCUACGAGAAGCACCUGCCCGUAACACCGACGGAGGACAUCCCUGUGUGGUGGGAUAUGGUUUCUGAAGCAUCGUUUUACCUGUUUAAUGCCUCUAAGAGGAGGUUCUUUUACAGAGAGGUGAAGAUUCUUAUACCAAGUACAUGGCAAACAUUCAAUUUUCAGAGGCCACGAUAUGAAGAACAUCAAAAGGCAAGUGUUAUUAUCAGCAGCCCUAACAUAAAUUAUGGAAAUGAUCCAUACACUGUACAUUAUAAAGGCUGUGGAAACAAAGGCCAAUACAUACACUUUACUCCUGAUUUUUUAGUGGAUGAUAGCCUCCUUCCAGUUUAUGGACCAAGAGGAAAGGUAUUUCUCCAUGAAUGGGCUCAUUUUCAGUGGGGGGUAUUUGAUGAAUAUAAUUAUGAGGAGCCCUUCUAUGUUUCCGUUGACAAUAAGAUGAAAGCAACACGAUGUUCCUCUGAAAUCGUGGGCAUGUAUGUUUGCAAGAAACGCUCCUGCUCUGAUGGAGAAUGUAUCAUUGACCCUCAGACUGGGAAUUUGGAAGAAGGUUGUAUGUUCUUGGUUAACAGUACUCAAAAAGUGAAAGCCUCAAUAAUGUACAUGCAGUCUUUAUCUUCAAUUUUGGAAUUCUGUUCUGAAAGCAACCACGACAAGGAAGCGCCGAAUCUACAGAACAAAAUAUGCAGCUAUCGUAGCACAUGGGAUGUUAUUAAAAGUUCAGAUGACUUUAUAACCACUGGACCAAUGUCAGAAGCUGAAGUUCCACCAUCUCCAUCUUUUUUAAUGCUAAAGUCCAGAGUAAGAGUGAUUUGCCUGGUUCUGGAUGUGUCUGACAAUAUGGCCACGGGUCAGCGGUUCCAUCGACUACGACAAGCAGCAGCUAUCUUCAUCCAGCAAUUGGUUGAGCCUGGCUCUUAUGUUGGCAUAGUCACAUUUAACGAAACAUCAGAAGUAAGAAGCCCUUUGUACCUUACUGUCGGUGAUGAUGUGCGAUGGAAUCUUACUUCAAGUCUUCCAGAUACCUAUAGUGGGAAUAUGUCUAUCUGUGAAGGCAUCUCAGCUGGUUUGCAGGUAAUCAAAAGCCUUGAAGGAGCUACAGAAGGGGCUGAAAUCAUUUUGGCAGUUGGUGGAAGGGACACAAAUUUGCAUACGUGCUUAUCAAAAGUUUCAGGGAGUGGCUCAGUUAUCCACACCAUCGCAGUAGGGGUGGAUGCGGACCCUGAACUAGAAUCCUUAGCAGAAAGCACAGGAGGAAAAAUGUUCUUCACCUCAGACAGUAACGAUUCAGACCAUCUGAUUGGAGCAUUUACUGAAAUAUUUCCUGUGAACCAAGACUCUCCAGAUCUAUGUAUAAAGUUAACAAGUGUCCAAAGACGUAUUCCACCAGAAGGUCAGUUAUCUGGAUCUGUCAUUAUGGACAAGACUGUGGGAAAUAAUACAGUGUUCAUUAUUACCUGGCAGGCUUCUGAUCCUCCUAAUGUUACUAUCCAGGAUCCAUCAGGUUAUAAUUAUACCAAUGAAAACCUUGACCAUGAUCUAAUAUCUCGAGCAUCUUAUCUAAAAGUUCCUGGAACAUCACAGGUUGGCUCUUGGACAUAUAUUAUAACUAACUCAUUAAAAAUCAGCCAGGUUCUUGGCAUUUUAGUGACCUCCAGACCAUCAUCAUACACCAUUCCUCCUGUGACUGUCACUGGUGAAUGGACUGAUGAAAGGAUCACUUCUCCGCAGCUGGUGACUGUCUUUGCGGAACUUAAGCAAGGGCAUACAACGGUACUGGGAGCUCAUGUGACCGCCAUCAUUGAGUCAGAAUCCGGAGAAUCUAUCAUUGUGACACUCAAUGACAAUGGUGCAGGUGCUGAUUCUGUCAAAGAUGAUGGCAUAUAUUCCAGAUAUGUAUUUCAGUUCCCUACCAAUGGUAGAUAUGCACUGAAAAUUCUUGCCACUUGGACAAAUGCUACCAUAAUGGAGCCUGCACUGAACAACAGAGCGAUGUAUGUUCCAGGAUACAUAGAAAACGGCACCAUCAAUAUGAACCCUCCAAAACCACUAAUCGCUACUGAAGUACUAAGUUCUAAUGAGCCAUUCAGCAGAAUCUACUUUCUUGGGAGUCUCAAAGUAACCAAUGUAUCAGAGGAAACAGUUCAUGAAGAUGUUUUUCCUCCAUGUAAAAUAACUGACCUUGAAGCAAGACUAGAAAAUGACCAUAUAGUGUUAUCGUGGACAGCUCCGGGGGAUGACUAUGACCAAGGAUCUGCAUCCAUGUACGACAUCCGAAUGAGCAGUAGGCCAUCCGAUUUACAUCAAGAAUUUUCCAGAACAGUGUUCAUCAAUGCUUCAUCUCUUCAACCAAAAAAUGCCGGCAGCAGAGAAACCUUCUCGUUCAGACUUCACAAUGUGACUGGUGAAAGGGGCACCAUCACCUACAUUGCAAUCCGCUCAACUGAUAAAGCGUUGCAACAAUCAGAUAUAUCAAAUUUGGCUCAUGUCACCAGACGUGUGCUCCGGGAAGAAGAUAUAAACUUUGCCUAUACCUCAACUCAUGCUAAGUAUAAUACAACAAGUGUCAUAGUCAUUACUGUAUCUGUAGUUUCUCUGUGUCUUACGUUAGGCAUUGGCCUGUACUGCUGGAGGAAACAAACCUCAUAUAUAAUACUGAGCCAUGAUGACAAUAUUGAGUUGCAGGAAAGAUCUAGAUCAAUGGAAGAAGCACAGACUUCUCUGGAGUGCCACGAUCAAAAACUGCCUCUGUAUGUGACAUCCAAUGAUGAUAUUUUAGAAGAAACUGUAAUAAUUUUAGAGGAAUGAACAGAUUGUUAAAUAAAACUUUAUGAUGA